GCCGGCGGCAUGAGGCGCGACCCGGCGCCCGGCUUCUCCAUGCUGCUCUUCGGCGUCUCCCUCGCCUGCUACUCGCCCAGCCUCAAGUCGGUGCAGGACCAGGCGUACACGGCGGCGGUGGUGCUGGAGGGCAAGGUGCAGUCCGUGGGCCCCCCCGCCGGCGGCAAUGACAGCCGCGGCGCCGGGCCCGCCGGGGGUGUCUUGGUCAAGGUGCUCGACCUGUGGCCCCUCAACAGCGGGGGGCUGCAGCGGGAGCAGCUCAUCAGCGUGGGCUCCAAGGCGCCCUGCUUCAAAGUGAAGCGCAACCACCGCUACAUCUUCUUCCUCGAGCCCACCGAGGAGCCGCUCGUCUUCCGCACCGCCUUCGCUCCGCUCGACACCAGCGGCAAGAACCUCAAGCGGGACGUGGCGCGGAUCCUCUGCGCCGACUGCGCUGUUCCUCCCAAACUGAAGAAACUGAAAAGCCCAAAUGUUCAUGUGGGUGAGAAGAUUUCCCUGAAAUGUGAGGCGACUGCUGGAAACCCUCAGCCAUCCUACAAAUGGUUUAAAGAUGGGAAAGAGCUGAAGAAGAGCAAAGACAUCCGGAUCAAGUAUGGGAAUGGGAAAAAGAUUUCCAGACUGCAGUUCAACAAGGUGAAGCUUGAAGAUGCUGGGGAGUACAGCUGCGAAGCGGAGAACGUUUUAGGGAAAGACACCGCAAAAGGCAGCCUGAAUGUGAAAAGUGUAACCACAACUCUCUCCUCCUGGUCUGGGCAUGCCAGAAAAUGCAACGAAACAGCCAAGUCCUAUUGUGUCAAUGGAGGGGUGUGCUACUACAUCGAGGGGAUUAAUCAGCUGUCGUGCAAGUGUCCGAUCGAAUUCACAGGAGACCGGUGUCAGCAUUUCGCAAUGGUCAGCUUCUCCAAGCAUCUUGGAUUUGAAUUAAAGGAAGCAGAGGAGCUCUACCAGAAGAGGGUUUUAACCAUCACCGGAAUCUGUGUUGCCUUGCUUGUGGUGGGCAUCGUCUGUGUGGUAGCUUACUGUAAAACCAAGAAACAAAGAAAACAAAUGCAUAACCACUUGCGGCAGAACAUGUGUCCUGCUCAUCAAAACCGGAGCCUUGCGAACGGGCCAAGCCAUCCGCGUUUGGAUCCUGAGGAAAUCCAAAUGGCUGAUUAUAUUUCUAAGAAUGUUUCUGCCACCGAGCAUGUGAUCCGAAGGGAAACAGAGACAACCUUUUCAGGAAGUCACUCCUGCUCCCCAUCUCAUCACUGCUCCACAGCCACUCCAACGUCCAGCCAGAGACAUGAAAGCCACACCUGGAGCUUGGAGCGAACAGAGAGCCUGACUUCAGAUUCCCAGUCUGGGAUAAUGCUGUCCUCGGUGGGAACCAGUAAAUGCAACAGCCCUGCGUGCGUGGAGGCGCGGGCUCGCCGCGGGGCCACCUUCUGCAUCGAGGACCAGCGGAGGCCCACGACGCAGUACCGCGACUCGGUGGACUCCCUGCGGGACUCGCCCCACAGUGAGAGGUAUGUGUCGGCCCUGACCACACCAGCACGCCUGUCGCCCGUUGACUUCCACUACUCGAUGACCACGCAGGUGCCCACCUUCGAGAUCACCUCCCCCAACUCGGCGCACGCCGUGUCCCUGCCGCCGGCGGCCCCCAUCAGCUUCCGCGUGGAGGAGCAGCAGCCCCUCCUGCGGCGGUACCAGCUCCCCUUCCAGGACACACAAAGGUACGACAGCUACUACCAAAGGAAGACCUACCUAAACGACAGCAUGGGGAGCUUGCCCUCCAGCCCCUUCCGCAUCACAGAGGACGACGAGUAUGAGACGACACAGGAGUAUGUCACAGCGCUAGAGCAGCCAAAGAAAACAGCCAGCAGCAACAGGCGGUGGAAAAAAUCCAAACUGAACGGGCACAUCCCUCACAGAGCCAGAGCCGUCCGGGACUCCUUCUCCUUGAGCAGCGCCUCUUACAGCGAGUCUGACGAGGAGCUGGUGGCUGAGAGCACCCCGUUCCUAAGCACUCAGAACAAUGAGGCGGCGCACACGGAGUCGCCGCCGCUGCACCGGCCGGGCGACAGCCGGACUCACUACUCGUGCCGCGGGCACGGCGCGCACGGCGAUGGCGGCCGCGGCAGCCUGGCGCACGUGGCACCCAAAGCGGACCCCGACCCUCUCUAGGCGCCUCCCGCGCUCCUGUGAGCGCAGCCGUGACAUGCAUGGAGGAGGCCGAGGCGAGCCACAAAAAAAAAAAAAAAAAAAAACAAAACAAAACAAAAAUAAACAAAAAACCAAAACCACGCAAAACCACGAAACGAAACGGAAAAAAAAAGAAAAAAACACACACACACGAAAAAAAUAAAUAUUUUUAUUUUAUAUAAAAGAGGGGGGGAAAAAAACCAAAAAAUAUAACGAAUAAAAAAUGUUUUAUUUUCAUUUUAGCGAAGUUGUCUUAUAAUAGCUAAUGACAAUGACUUUUUUAUAGGGAAUCUCUAUUUAUAUGUAAUGUCUUGAUUUACAGCUUCCGAGAAAAAAAAAGUAAAAAAAAAAAAAAAAGAAGAAAAGAAAACAAACAAUAAAGUUAAAAAAAAAAUGGGCCAAUUUUUGACUACUUAAAAAUAGAAAACAAAACUAUCGUGGUGCCUUUUGCUGUAUGCUAGUGCUGGGAUUCAUGCUGAGGAUUCUGUUUCAGUAGCAUUUUUAAGGUCACAGAUUUUUGUUUGGGAGAAAACCUGUCACAAGGGCGCUCUUCUGUUGGAAAAAAUCAGCCUUGCCACUUUGCCUCGUACCCUGCUAUUAAUGAUCUUAUUCUUUAACGUAUUGUUUAAACACACAUUAAGGACAUGAGUGGGAGCAUUUCCAUUAUCAUGUCUAACGAGGAUCUGUCUUGCCCUGUAAACUACUUGUAUUUUUGCUUAAAUCAGGAGGAAA